AGACUACAGUUCCCGGCAUGCUGGGCGGCGCUGGGUGACGACAGUUCCGGUAGAAUGGCCCGCAGCGGGUCACACAGUGUUUCUCAGGCUGCACAGAGGAGGAUAUAGCCGGGCAUGGAGCUGCUCACCGACCUCUACCAGUUCUCCAUGGCGUACGGCUACUGGCGGAGCGGCCGGCACCGGGACACCGCCGAGUUCGAGCUCUUCUUCCGGGAGGCCCCGUUCCGCGGCGUGUUCACCCUGUUCUGCGGCUUACAGGAGGCGCUGCGCUUCCUGCGGGGGUUCCGCUUCUCCUGCUCAGACAUUGAUUACCUGAAGUCCGUCCUGCCUGCCACCGUGGAGGAGGGAUUCUACGACUACUUGCAGACGGUGGAUACCUCAGACGUGACUGUCAUCGCCUUCCCGGAGGGAUCAGUAGUGUUUCCUAGAGAGCCGCUGAUGAAGGUCAGGGGUCCUCUCCUAGUUGUGCAGCUCCUGGAGACCACGCUGCUCUGCUUGGUGAAUUACGCCAGCCUGGUUGCUACAAAUGCCGCUCGGUUUCGCCUGGCUGCCGGGACAGAUAAGAGGUUGCUGGAAUUGGGACUAAGGAGGGCCCAGGGACCGGAUGGAGGACUGUCUGCUUCUAAAUACACUUACGUAGGAGGCUUUGACUGCACCAGUAAUGUUCUGGCUGGGAAGCGCUUUGGGAUCCCUGUGGCUGGCACCAUGGCUCACUCUUAUGUGUCCUCUUUUUCUGGCGCCAGUGAAUUACAGUGCCGGACUCUGCGGCCUGCAAAUGAACAGGAAGGAGAAGUGGAUCUCCUGGCGCUGUCUCAGACGUGGCUGGAGAAAGUGUGCCAGUUACUACAUAUUCCGCCGCACAGCGCAAAUCCCGGGGAAUUGUCGGCCUUCGUGUCCUACGCCAUCGCGUUCCCUAACAACUUCCUGGUAGUUGUGGACACCUACAGUGUGCUGAUGAGCGGAGUCCCUAAUUUUUGCGCAGUUGCCCUGGCAUUGCUGCAGCUGGGAUACAGAGCGACCGGAGUACGGCUGGACAGCGGAGACUUGGCCAAACAGUCUUUAGAGAUCCGCAAAGUAUUCCAGCAAUGUGCGAGAAAAUUUCAAGCUCCAAGUUUGGAAACCUUGUCCAUCGCUAUCAGUAACAACAUCAGUGAGAAGAGUCUGAAACUUCUGACUAAAGAGAAGAACGAGGUGAAUGUAAUUGGCGUUGGCACCCACCUAGUGACCUGUCCCCUCCAGUCAUCGCUGGGCUGCGUCUAUAAGCUGGUGCAGGUGAAUGACCAACCUUGCAUGAAGGUCACAGAGGAUCAGAAGAAAACGACCAUCCCAGGCAGCAAGGCGGUGUACAGGCUGUAUGACGGUGCCGGUAACAUGUUACUGGACCUCCUGGCCCUAGAGGACGAGCCUGCUGCUGAGGUUGGGAGGGAAGUGAAAAUCUAUGAGUUGGGCAAAAACACAGAAAGUGGAACUGUGACCCCCAUCAGGGCGGAGCUGCUCCACCGCGUCUACUUUCAGGGGGGACAGAUAAGCAGCAGUCCACCCCUUCCAAGUCUGGCAGAGAUCCGCUCUUAUGCCCAGCGCUGCCUGGCAGCCCUCAGUGACCAGCACCGGUACUUGGAUGAUCCAGCGCCUUAUCCGGUUGCAGUGAGUGAGAAGCUCCACAGUCUCCUGGCCACAGUCAGACAGAACGGGUACCUGCAGUGACACCAUCCCGGGUCAUCGUUCCAGAAUUCUGUGCACCAGCCUAAUGACUCCACAGCCGAUGCUCUUCUCCCUGGCCUGGAUGGCUGUACCCACUGCCAUAUUGCAGCUGUGCCUUUUGUUACCUAAUCAUAUGCUUAUAAUCUACACAAGCAACUACCUCUAUUUUUACUUUGUAUAAUGCAAGCUACAAUCAAACACAAAGUGCAGGUAAAACAGUAUGAGCAACAGCUGCGGGGAAACGCUUCCCUAAGAGACAUUUACUCCAGGCCUGGGAUUUCUGCAGCAUUGUGCAAGGCAGUGAAUACGAGUUCCCCGCCUGCUGCAGAGGAAGAUCAUCGCGCUGUGCUGCAGAAACCGCUGAUCACAGGGAAGGCAGUGACUGCGGAUGGCAUCCUACAACUAUGAGCACUUGUUUCCAAGAGGAGGGGUUCUGCCCGUCACUCCUCACAUCAUAUGCCCUACCCAGUGACUGUACAAAGCUAUUUGCAGCGUCUUGUCCGCUCCUUGUACUUAUCUGCUGAGAAUGUAUAUUUAGUACUUGUCCGGGAUGAUUUCUGACAGAUUGUUCAAAUAAAUUAAGACUAAAUUUUAUAGCAACUAAAAAAAAAGGGAUGUAGUAAUUGUGUGCUGUGUGAGCCGGGUGUCAGCGGCUGAGCUUACAGGCUGUUUGCCCUCCGUGCGACGCUGCAGCAUGACACAACAAUAGGAGUAUAAUGGUAUCAAAAUAAGCAAAGUGCCUCAGCUGCUCACCCAGGGGCAUCUGCUGGGUAUCAUGGGGUACAACGCUAUACUAUCAGCUGCAGUACCACAGCCCAGGAUUGGAACCUGCAAGUGUGCUCACACGCAGAAGCCAGAAACACAGUAUUGACAAAGAGAGACCAGCCUACGUGUACAACACCAGAGUACUCAUCAGAGGCCGCGUUACACCAGUACUGCAGGUUUUCAUAUAGAUGUACUUAUAGCAUUGUAUAUAUGUAUAAACACACCCCCACUGUAUAUAACAGUAUAUGGCCACACUGGUUAAAUAUUGAAUGCAGGUGUAUAAAAUCAAGCACUUACGACAUGCAUUCUCCAUUUGUGAUACAAAAUGAGUCGUUCACCUUUGCAUUAAGAUUGUUUCUGAAACUUCAUCCCUGCUGGAUAUUCUAUGGUCGCUGUGAUAUUAUUAGAAAGUGGAAGCGUUUAGCAACAACAGCAACUCAGCCACGAAGCAGAAGACCACAUAAAAUCACAGAGCCUGGUUAAUGGGUCAGCUUGCUGGGGGUAGCUUGUGUGGAAUUUAAUAAGUGUGGAAUUAAGAAGUGUGAUAUCCGAACAGUUAAAAUAAAAAAGAGAAGUUGGGCACUACAGACUCCACUACCUUAUACUUGGAACAAGCCUAGAAGUCCACUAUACAAGCCAAAACGGGGAUUCGGCAGACAUCCACUAAAAGCAUAGGAGACCAAGCUUCAAAUAGGACUGGGUUGCUGCUCGGAACAAAACAAAGGUCUGUCCUCAAGAUUACUGUGGACUUUUAUCUGCCAGCAUUGAAAAUUGCCCCCAGGACUGUGGCAUAAAUUCCUUGGAGUAUAUACAAACCAUCUUUGCCCGACUUCUUGUAUGGUAAUAUACCAAACUAAUUGCUGUGCUUGCCCUAUCUUUUAAUAUAUGUUUUAUAUAUACUUUAUGUACAUCUAUGAAUUGAUUUUUAAAUUAGUAGUUGCAACAAAUUCUAUAUAAUAAAACAAUUGUUUUUCCAUA